AUGGAGGUUAGUGAGAUUAUUGCUUGGUGCAGAGAGAAGGGUGUUGAGCUGGACAGGGUUAUCAUUCUGAGCAACGUACCUGCAGAAUGUGAAGACAAAAUAGUCUAUGAUGUGCUGGAUGCUGUCCUGGGAAUGAGGAAAUGCAAAGUGCUUGAUCGCCAUUCUGAUAAAACUCAGCGACAACAGUUUCUUCUGAUUGAGACCGCUAGCAAGGUUUCUGAGAUGGCUAUCCCUGCAGAGCUCGGAGAACCUGAAGUAGGUACCUGGUACACACAGUUUAUUCAUGUCGCAGCUGAGGCACCUAAACAGAACAGUGAAGAUGAAUUUCAGACUAAGCUGAUGUCUUUUCUUCAAGCGGAAGGAAAGUCGCUAUCUGACAUUCCAAGUUUAGCUUCCCCUGCACCUGUGCUUAACACUAAGCUUGUUGAUGCCAUAAAUUCCCUUGUUCAAAUGUGUCAUGUGGCAUCGUCUGAAGAGAGAGCUGGAUAUAGGAAGUUGCGUCCCUUCUCAGGGUUCAUUCCCACUCCCCAUGGAGAGGAUGAGUAUGAGGUCUGGGUGGAGCAGACCACCCAAAUUCUGGAAGAGUGGCAGUGUUCUGAUAAUGUUAAGAAGCAGAGACUAGUAGAGUGUCUCAGAGGUCCUGCAGCAGACAUUGUAAGGUUUGAGAAGACUGGUAACCCAUCCGCUACCUUCAAUGAUUACCUUAGUGCACUAGAGUCAGCGUUUGGCACUACCGAGGAUGCUGCAGACUUGAUGUUAAAAUUUUGGAGCACUCCGUCUCCGGAUGCAGCAAAUAGUUAG